AUGAAUGGGCCCGACUCAUCAAGAGCCCGUCAAUUCUAUUUCCCGUCGGCCGUCGAGCCCAAGCUUCGUGGUCGCGGGCUUCCCUUUCCGACAUUCCGUCGAACAUCUCGCGGGCGCGCUCGUGAAAUCGCAAAUUCCCCGCAGCCGCCGCCGCCGUCGAUCCCCGGCCGUCCAGCUCGCGCGUCCUCUUCUCUACGCGCCCGAAAUUCCCUCUGUGAAUGCCCGGCGAAGCGAGGCGCUUGCUGCAGAACCUUCGCCGGCGCCGCCCCUCCGUCCGCCUCCGGGAACCCUGCUCCUCCGAUGGAUGGGUCGGAGCGGUACUGCUUCAACCCCGUGCUGAAAUGGAACCCUCGAGUGGAGGAGUACUUCGCCGAGGCCUAUGGAGCCGAGCACUUCGCCCGCAUUUCCAGAGCUCUAACGCGCCCGUCCUGCUAUUCGUGCGUCCGUGUGAAUACACUUAAGUCGACAAGCGAUGCUGUCAUUGAGAAGUUGCAUGCCAUUGCUGAGGAAGCAGGUCUUGGAGGCUCCACCAACGACGUGAAUUCACAAGGAACUCAUACUGUCGUUGAUUCUGAUGAGCUUCCUCAGCAGGAUGGUGCAUUGAUUAAUGCCGAAGGAGAUGAAUGUCCAGAAGAACAGAGUAAGAAAGUCUUGGGGUGGUCCUUAGGAGAUACGCUUGAUCCACGGAAAGAAGGUUUGCCCAGUAGAUUGAUUUCUAAAUGUAACAUACCCGGCUUAGAUUAUGUGGUCUUCAUCAGAGGGUCGGGACCACAUGAUAUUGACUAUGGUUAUGCUUUGGACAAACCUCCAAAGGAAGUCAUGGUCAGUAGGAAAUGUGCAGAGGCUGUGCUCCGGGGUGCUCAGGUGUAUGUUCCGGGUGCAUUGGCUUGCAGUGCUCAUGUCGAGAAAGGUGAUGUGGUGGCAGUUUCUGUGGGAGUUGAGCAGCCAGGUCCUGAUGGUCGAUGGGGUGUUAAUAUGACCCGUGGGACUGUUCUACAGGGAUUUCAGACAGAUCCUCUCUAUAAUGAAAGAAAUGGCAUGUAUAUUGGCCAAGGAAUAGCGAUGAUGUCAAGGGCAGGCAUCUUCCGUUCCUCUGAAGGAGUAGCUGUUGAUAUGAAAAAUCAAGUCUACAGACUGCCUUCUUUUAAUGAUGUGCUCCAGGGGGAGAUAUUUCUUCAAAACCUGCCGAGUAUAAUCACUGCCCAUGCCCUAGAUCCUCAGAAGGGUGAAAGGAUUCUAGAUAUGUGUGCAGCACCGGGAGGAAAAACCACUGCAAUUGCAAUUAUUAUGAAAGAUGAAGGAGAGAUUAUUGCAGCUGAUAGGUCUCAUAAUAAGGUGCUGGAUAUUCAGAAAUUGGCUGCUGAAUUGGGCUUGAGUUGUAUAACCACAUAUAAGUUGGAUGCUCUUAAAUCUGUUUGCAAAAGUCAUGACCUCAAUGCUGCCAUCACAUCCAUUUCUGGUGAUAGUUUUAAAAGUGAUGCUACAAACCAGAACUCCAGCACUGCUGAAUCUCAGGUAGAAAAGGUGCAAGCCGAUGAUAUUGCUGGAAUUAGUAUGAUCGAUGUUAACAAUGUCAAUGUUAAAAAUGAGAAAAGCAGUGAGAAAAUUUAUGCAAGCCAAGCUGACGUGAGGAAGAGUAUGAGAAGAAUGAGGAAUGGACCAGGAAGGAACCAGUCUAAGGGCGAUAGGGUGGAGAAUUCCAAAGGUUUUCUACCUCACAGCUUCGAUCGAGUUCUUCUUGAUGCUCCAUGUUCUGCUCUUGGCCUGAGACCCAGAUUAUUUUCUGGAGAGGAGACAAUAGAAUCUUUAAGAAACCAUGCAAAGUAUCAAAGACGAAUGUUUGAUCAGGCUGUUCAGUUAGUACGUCCUGGUGGAGUUAUUGUAUACUCAACAUGUACAAUUAAUCCCGGUGAAAAUGAAGCACUGGUCCGAUAUGCUUUGGACACUUACAAGUUCCUCUCUCUAGCCCCUCAGCAUCCAAGAGUUGGAGGUCCAGGCCUUGUUGGUUCUUUUGAAUAUUCCGAUGGAUAUAUCGAGGAGUGGCUAAAACCAGGGGAAGAAGAACUUGUCCAGAGAUUCGACCCAUCGGCUCCUCUUGAUACAAUUGGUUUUUUCAUAGCAAAGUUUAUUGUCAACGAAGAAACCUAAAGCUGCAGACGUCUGCAACUCGUGAACUUUGAUUAUUGCAGACUAAAUGAGGAAUUGCUCGUGUCUUGCAUCGUCUCUCCACGGCUUGUGCAACAUCCAUUCUGGACGGAUGAAAAUUCGAUGCGAAGGAAGAGUCAAAGGAACGAGGCUAUUAUUUUUGCCCCUAACCUGAUGUCCACCCUACACCCUAAGCCGAGAAGGAACAACUUUAAUUGAUUAUACCGAACCAUUAGACCAAGGUAUAUCGUGAGGAAAGGGUACUGGUGUUUCCAAAGGAACCAAAAAGAACUAUAGAGAAAAAUCUUGCUCGCUUGAGUUAAAUCAAAUGAUUUUAGAUGCUUUGGCUAAAUGGGGUGGAUUGUUUGGUUCUUAUUGAUUCUUGUUGAUUUGAUUGAAUGGAUGAAAUCCGUUCUGUGCCA